CCCACAAUGCAUUGUGUCUCAGCGGGAAACCAAAAUGGCGAGGCUGAAGAGAGAAAAAUACUCGUUUGGUGUAUUUUGAAAAUCUGCAAGGAGCAGCGAGUUGUUCAGAGAAACCCGGCGGGCGCGAAUAAGCCGAUAAACCCUGUCGGUUUAAUGGUUUUUCCUGUAUAUGCAUCAUUUUAAGCGCUGGAAGUGGCCGAAUGAGAGACUCAACGGUCGCAAACAGUCCGAGCUCCCAUCGCAAGUCUCCGUCCCAUCGUCAAGACGAGUCUCCCGUGUCCUUGUCCAAACUCUCGCUCAGAGAUGGGCAGGGCGACACGGAGAAACUCGCAAGCAAGUUCGAGGAGGGCCAGGAUGUUUUAGCUCGCUGGUCCGAUGGCCUGUUUUAUCUGGGGACGAUCACCAAGAUAAACAAACAAAAGCAUUGCUGUUUCGUGGUUUUUGAAGAUCAGUCGAAAUCUUGGGUUCUUUGGAAGGACAUUCAGACAGGGGACAGUGGAGGGGAGAUGCUCUGCACCAUAUGCCAGAAUGAAAGCUCAGAACCGCCCAACGAAAUAGUCAUCUGUGACAAGUGCGGACAAGGAUACCACCAGCUCUGCCAUGCGCCCGUCAUCGAUGCCAGCGUGAUCGCGUCGGACGAUAAAUGGCUCUGCCGAGAGUGUGUGUUUGCCACAACAACAAAGAGAGGCGGCGCGCUGAAGAAAGGGCCGAACGCCAAAGCGCUGCAGGAGAUGAAGCAGUCGCUGCCCUAUUCCCUGGAGGAGCUGGUGUGGGACCAGGGGCAUAAAACCAACCUCCAGCAGUGCUACUGUUACUGCGGUGGUCCUGGAGAGUGGUAUCUGAAAAUGCUGCAGUGUAACAGGUGUAAGCAGUGGUUUCACGAAGCGUGCAUCCAGUGUUUACAGAGGCCCAUGCUCAACGGAGACAGGUUUUAUCAGUUUAUUUGUUCAGUUUGCAGUAGUGGACCAGAAUACCUCAAGCGACUGCCUCUGAGAUGGGUAGAUGUUGCACACCUCAGCCUCUACAAUCUGAGUGUCAUUCACAAAAAGAAGUAUUUUGACUCCGAGCUCGAGCUCAUGGCUUUUAUUAACGAGAACUGGGACAGGCUUCAGCUCGGCGAGCUCACAGACACCCCCAGGUCGGAGCGGUAUGAAAGAAUUCUGGAAGCACUUAAUAGCAACCCGACCAUGUUCAUGUCCGGGAAGGAGAUCAAGAAGAAGAAACACCUGUUCGGUUUACGGAUCCGCUUCCCUCCGGGCCCUCAGAACUCGGAACCGCCGUGGGACAGGGAACAGGAAAAAGCCUCGCAUGAGAUUAAGAUUAAGGGAAGGAAGUCCAUGAAGCCUCCUCAUCCACACGGCACGGUCACUAACGGAGCGGUGAAGAAAGGGAAGAGGAAGCAUCGCGCUCACUCCUUGGAGACGCUGGCCAAGCUGAGACGAUCAGAAGAGCUUCUGGCACAGAAUCACAUGAAGUUCCCGACCGCAGAGAACAACUCCCUGGAGGUGACGGCGUGUAAAAGCAUCAAAGCCGAAAAGUCCGCGCCGUCAUCGAGUACCUCGGACGCCGACUCCGUUAGUGCCACCACUAUGAGCGAAACUACCUCAACCAGCGUAUCCAGUCUGAGCAGCUCCAGCAGGGCUCCGGUGCCUCAGCCCCCGGUGAAAAGGGGACGAGGACGUCCGAGACGUGCGCUGCAGCCCCCCAACCCUGAGAUUCCUCCUCCUCCUCCUCCGCAGCCCGAGCCCACGCCUGCUCCCGCUCCCACGCUCACACCCACACCGCUCUCCCGCUUCCCCCCCACCUCCAUCACACAGGGCCUGGACUCAAGCGCUCAGCUCAGCCUCCUCAGGAGCUCCAUCAGCAGCUACUUCGGCGCGGCCGGGCGCAUGGCGUGCGGGGAAAAGUACCGUGUCCUGGCGCGCCGCGUCACCGACGACGGCAAAGUGCAGUACCUGGUGGAGUGGGAGGGCGUCACUGCCUCCUGAGCCUCCACACUCGCGCACACACACUUCAGAACUGUGCUAUUUGGUACGGUGAGAUAAGAAGUGUUUGUGUUCGUUUUUGUUGCGGAAAGUAAUGUGCCAUUCAGUUUCACACUCUUCAGCUCCUUUACUAACGCUAGAGUCCUUCUGGUUGAAGGUUAAAGAGAGCGAGAACGAUUAAACCGUGCCUCUUCUUUUUAAUUUUUUACAUUAAAACAAAACUGCCUUGUAGGUUGUAGAUGUCACACGGGGCCCCAUAUCAGACACCUGACCGGAGUCGGUGUUUCAGUAUUUCGACACGCCCUCGUCUAACCUCCUGUAACGCCUCAAAGGGACCUCUAACCGUACGUUCAGGCUAGGAGGAGAGAAAGUCGGUGGCGUCGCUUGUAGGUUGUAUCUUGUGGGCGUGGCCUGUCUGACUUGGUGAAAAGAAAGCCUAACUCGUCGCACGCAAAUGAAAUAACGCACUAAUCGCUGUAAAAUCUGUCGUUUUAAUUCGCAUACGAUAACGUCCGCUUCGUACUAGCUCCCUUUUCAGAUUACGUCGGCAAAGUACGCCCGGCGGUCUCUGCGGUCUUCUGUCCUUCCCUCCAUCCGAGCGUUUGUUUUUCUCCGUAACGUCUCUGUACACGUUUAAAUUAACGACAGGCCGUGUGCGAAAAAACGCAGUUCUUCCAAACAGUCGACAAGGUAAACAUGGAACGUAUUUUAACGUAGGAGCUAAAGGUCACGAGGCGGGAGAAACGUCCGACCGCGCUCACGUCUCUUAAGAUGGCCGACGUCGGCGGAGGUCGACGAGGGCGUGUCCGAAACGCGUUUAAUGUAAACGUUUCACCACGAGGUUAAAAACGCGUCUCGGUUAUACGCCGUGCUACUGACGUGCAGGGACCCGAAAAAAAAAAAAAAAUCAAAUAAAUCCAAUGCUGUAUGCUGCUGCAGGUUUAACGUAUUGUUUUGUUUUAUAUAUAUAAUUUUUCUUCAGUCUUUGGUUAUUUUUCAGAACAGCUUUCAUUUCAAUAAGGCACUUUUUUAAAAAAACAAAACUUUUUUCUUUUCUUUUUUUUUUUCCAUUAAAAUAUACCUUAAAAUUUCACGCAACUCGGAUUGCACAUUAGUUCGUCGUAUUGUUUAUCCAGGUUACAUUUAGACAGAAAAUCUCCGAGGCGAAUUGUUUGAAAGUAUUAACAGCAUUAAUAUGGGGGCGGGGUUUUAGA